AUCUCUUUGACAACCAAUUCAUUUGUCAAUAUUAUUGUUAUAAAAACAAUACAGACAUUCAAACAGACAGAUCGUAACCAAUCAUUGAUUUAUUGAUUCAUCUUUGACUGGCCAUCAAACUGAAGACAUCGYAACAAUAUUGCCGUAUARGAGAAGUAUGGACUUCAAAGAGCACUAUACGGACAGCAGUUCAAGUGUGGCCAACGCUGUCCGCAUACAGGAUCUGAAACUGCUUAGGAAAUUGAUCCGCGACGGCAAGUGUGUUGAUGUCAUGGAUAACAGAGGUUGGCGUCCACUUCAUCAGGCGGUUAUCUGUAAGAACGUCAACAGCCAUUGGUCGAUGAACUGCUCAAACACGAAGACACAGAUCCCAAUUGGCGGUCACACGAAGGCGAGACAGCGCUACUGUUGGCCUGUCGUCACAACAUCGGUCCGGAAGGACUCAAAGUCAUCGAAACAUUGUUUUGAAGCAUAAAUCAAAUCCGAAGAAACAUCUCUGUUGGCGGUCACCCGAUCGGGACAGUCGGCUAUUGUAUAGUUGCUGGUCAAACACGAAAGGAUCGACAAGAAUCAAGCCGAUUGUGGCGGUUGGUCACCUCUACA